AUGCGAUAUCCGUUUGCGGAGAACCAACCUCGGCUCGUCGGCCAGUCCAACCUUGUUGAUAAUCAACGCCCCCGCUUCGGACUUUUCUCCGCUUUAUAUGUCUUUCGAAGAUCAUAUAUAAUUCCUGUGUGUCUCGACAAUCCUCAAUACACACAACAACUUAACAUGGCUCCUCCAACUGCCACCGAGACCCUCGCCAAUGCCAUCAGCAUGCAAGCACCACAGUCUUCCCAAGCGGAGGGUGCCGAAAAGGCCAAGGUCAAAAUGCCGCUGCCUAGCAUGCCAGCAUUCGAGGAUAAAAUGAAGGAGCGAGAGUAUUUGAAGGGCCGCCUAGCAGCAGCAUUCAGAAUAUUUGGUGAUAAAGGAUACGACGAGGGUGUCGCUGGGCACAUCACCCUACGCGAUCCGGUGGAUCCGACAACGUUCUGGGUGAACCCAUUCGGCACAGCAUUCAAGCUGAUGAAGGCAUCAGACUUGAUCCAAGUCGAUCACCAUGGAAAUGUCAUUGCAGGUGGAGAGAAUCGAUUGCUGAAUGCCGCUGCAUUUAUGAUUCAUUCCGCCAUCCAUGAAGCACGACCCGAAGUGAACUGCGCUGCGCACAGUCAUAGUCUCCAUGGACGGGCGUUUUGCUCGCUGGGCCGACCGCUCGAUAUCAUCUCGCAAGAUGCCUGUGCUUUCCACAAUGAUCAGGACUUGGCUCUCUAUUCAUCAUUCAAAGGCGUCGUGCUAGCGGAAGAAGAAGGCCAGAACAUUGCCAAAGCUCUGGGUAACAAAAAGGCUGCCCUGUUGCAAAACCACGGCCUCUUGACGGUCGGUAACACAAUUGAAGAAACAGUGUUCUGGUUCGUGAGUCUGGAAAAAUGCUGCUACGCUCAACUCCUAGCGGACGCCGCAGCCACCGGACGAGGCGGCCAAACAGUGAAAAUUGAAGAAGCCGAUGCGGCAUUCACUUACAAAACAGUGGGAACUCCAAUGGCUGGCUGGUUUAGCGCGAAGCCCCUGUUUGAUGUGAUCCACGCCGAGAGUAAGGGUGAAUAUUUGGAAUGA